AUGGCUCCCGAUAUUAGAUCUUUCUUUGGCACCCAAGGCAGCCAAAGCUCAAAAGCUGAUAAGGAACCCAAGGCAAAAAAGUCAGAGGAUACCGCGAAGUCCAGGAAACGACGUAGUAGAAAAGUGGUAGAAGACUCUGAAGACGAUGAUACUCAUAUAAAGACAACGCCGAAGCCACAACCGAAAAAAAAGCAAAAAGCGGAAGAACCAAAGGUAGAGCUAACGACUUCUUCGGACUACUUUGCAUCAUCUCGGAAGAGCAAACCGCCUUCAAAACAAAUUCCGCCGACAGAAACGACAACGGUUGGAACAGCGGAAUCUUUGAAGGAACAGCCUAUGAACACGACGCCCAAACAAAAGAUUGACGGUAAAGAAGAUCUGGGCAAACGCCCUGCUGUUGUCGUCAGGGAUGAUCAAAGGCGACCAAAGCCGAAAGCCAGCAAAACACUUGAUGUUGAUGAGGGUCUUGGAGGCGACGAUAUAUUCGCUACAGAGUACCAAAAGCCUAGUAGAGGCGGCGAUGAUGAUUACCAAGAGAUAGCUGAGUCCAGUUCAGACUCAGAUUUUGAAAAAGUUGUUCCCAAAUCCCGUUCCGUACCGGUUUCACAACCGUCACGUACAACUGGUGCACCCGUCAAAGGUGGCCAGAAAAGAAAAUCAGAUGUCCUUUUGGAAAAUAAUGAGGAAAGUGAACUUUCUGAUGAGAAGCCAAAAAAGUCCUCCCGUAAGGGUAUAGCUAAGCAACCAGCGAAGACUACGGCUAAAAAGCCAAAGGCUACAGCGAAACCUGUACAGGCUGAGAGCAGAGAAAUACAAGCUAUUUUUGAUAGCAUUCCGACUGUUCGCCCUCCUUCUCCUCCUGCAGAGACGAAGAAGUUCAAUUACGUAGCUGCCACCCAACGAGCACAGGCUCCAGCUGCUGUUGGAUCCACUGAGCUACCAACCGGCGCAGAAAAUUGUCUUACUGGCCUCUCUUUUGUUUUUACGGGUAUUCUGGACUCUUUGGGCCGCGAAGAAGGCCAGGCACUUGUGAAAAAGUAUGGUGGUAAGGUCACUGGUGCUCCUAGCUCAAAGACAAGCUAUGUUGUAUUGGGAAAUGACGCUGGGCCAAGGAAAUUGGAAACAAUUCGCAAGUUCAAUCUCAAGACUAUCAAUGAGCAUGGUCUUUUUGAGCUUAUCAAAAAGCUUCCCGCAAAUGGAGGUGACGGAAAAGCCGCUGCCCAGUAUGAAGCGAAGAAAAAGGCUGAAGAACAAAAAGUAAAAGAAAUGGCUGCGGAAAUAGACCGCGAAGAAAAAAAGAGGGCUGCUUCGUCUUUUGUGCCAGCGUCAGCAACCCUAGCGAAGACCUCUUCCAAACCUAUAUCAGCUCCAAAAGGACAAACCAGGGAUGAUCGUCUAUGGACAGUGAAAUACGCUCCAACUUCAUUAAGCAUGAUAUGCGGAAACAAAGCUGUUGUCGAAAGACUACAGACUUGGCUACGAAAUUGGCGAAGCAAUGCUAAAGCUGGUUUUAAAAAACCAGGAAAGGACGGAUUUGGCACUUACCGUGCAGUAAUGAUCCAUGGUCCUCCCGGUAUCGGAAAGACCACUGCCGCGCAUCUCGUAGCAAAACUCGAACAUUACGACGUCGUCGAGACAAACGCAAGUGAUACAAGAAGCAAGAAGCUAGUGGAAGGCGGCCUGCGGGGGGUAUUGGAUACAACGUCCUUACAGGGAUACUUCUCAGGAGAAGGUAAAGCCGUAGAGAGCGAGAAGAAAAAUCUCGUUUUGAUAAUGGAUGAAGUCGACGGAAUGUCCGCCGGUGACCGUGGCGGUGUUGGAGCGCUUGCAGCAGUUGCAAAAAAGACUCGUAUUCCGAUGAUUUUGAUAUGCAACGACCGAAGACUGCCGAAAAUGAAACCAUUUGAUCAGGUAACUUACGAUCUGCCGUUUAGACGCCCAACCGCGGAGCAAAUCCGUGCCCGGCUUUCCACUAUCUGCUACCGUGAGGGAUUAAAGAUUCCUCCUCAAGUUUUAGAUGGGUUAAUUGAAGGGACCCAUGCUGAUAUAAGACAAAUUGUGAAUAUGUUGUCCACGGUAAAAUUGGACAGCCAAAAUCUCGAUUUCGAUAAAGGCAAGCAAAUGUCUAAAGCUUGGGAAAAGCACGUUAUUCUAAAACCAUGGGAUAUUGUUGGCAAGAUCUUAAGCGCGCAGAUGUUUUCUCAGAGUUCUACUGCGACGCUUAAUGAUAAAAUAGAGCUUUAUUUCAAUGAUCACGAAUUCAGCUAUUUGAUGUUGCAAGAAAAUUAUCUCAAGACGAACCCCGUUGCGGCUGGAACAUAUAGCGGCCGAGAGCGAAAAUUCAAACUGCUCGAGCUGGCUGAUAAUGCUGCUGAGAGUAUCAGCGAUGGGGAUUUAGUGGAUAAAAUGAUUCACGGCUCUCAGCAACAGUGGAGUUUAAUGCCGACUCAUGCCGUAUUCAGUUUUGUCCGUCCUGCUAGCUUCAUGUCUGGAAAUAUGACCGAGAGGGCAGGAUUCACAAGCUGGCUAGGCAGUAAUUCAAAGCAAGGCAAAAUGAGCCGACAGAUCAAAGAAAUUCAGGGCCACAUGCGUCUUCGGGCGUCUGGAGACCGACAUGAAAUCCGCCAGCAAUAUCUUCCUCUUCUCUGGGAAAAACUAGUUCACAGACUCGAUGCUGAUGGCAAAGAAGCCGUGCAAGAUGUUAUCGAUCUGAUGGACAGCUACUUCUUGACUCGUGAAGACUGGGACUCGAUUCUUGAACUUGGACUCGGGCCAAUGUCUGAAAAGGGAGUUAAAAUUGAGUCACAGACUAAAGCUACCUUUACCCGUCUCUACAAUCAGCAAUCACACCCCCUUCCAUAUAUGAAGGCAAGCACGGUAGUCGCUCCAAAGAAACUUCCAAAAAUCAAGCCGGACCUUGAAGAUGCUAUCGAUGAGUCUGAUGAAGCGGAGGAGAUACUAGGCGAAGAGGAGACAAAAGAAGAUGACGACGAUCUUGAUCUUAAGAAAGAUAAAUACAUUAGAGCCCCAAAAAAGGCAGCCGCGAAGAAGGCCCCUGGCGGCAAAGCCGCUGCCAAGCCAAAAGCAAGAAAAGGAAAAAAGAAGGUCGACAGUGAUAUCAGUAUGUCCGACGACGAAGAGGACAUCAAGCCUACGAAAAAGGGCAGAAAAUCCAAGGGGAAGACGUGA